AUGGAAAACGGUCCUCUCAUGGCAGAAACGGGGCCUUUCCUGAUGGAAGAAGAUUUUCCGGACCCCACCCAGCUUCACAAGGACGGCGAAUGGAUCGAGAUUCGAAACCCAGUAUCUGAGCGGAUUGCCCACAGUGGAGACUGGCGGAUUUAUCCCCAUCUCAGCAACAAGGAGACCUGGAAGUUGAAGAUGGGAACUCGAGCGUAUAAUUUGGAUAGCUUCCUCCAGAGGGUUGGCUUCCACAUCGACCACUGCAAAGUAUGCGAACAAGCUGGUGCUGGCCGGCCAUCGAAUUGGCACACGCAUAUCGCUGCACAUACGCACUUCAAGGAGAUUGGCAAACUUUGCUGCGAUGGUUGCGACAUGGACUCCAUCAAGCAGGGAUGGUGGGAGAGUUGGCGAAUCCCACGAGGUGAGAUUGCCUUCAACUACAUUGACGGCCAGAUCCUAAUGGCGCGAGGUGCGCCACCGCCCUUGAUUGCGCCAUCUCUGUGUGCUCCUGGCACAGCCUAUGCCCUGCCAGGCAUGGGCAUGCCGGGGCCCGUGCCGGGCGUGCCAGCGGCGACGAUUCCCACCAGUUUGAUGCCCAUGUCAGCUCCAGGGCUGGGACGGCCAACCUCGCCUUUUCUGGACCUUUGCCCAGAAGCCCACAAGUGGUUCAAAUACCGCAACCACGUGGGGAUUCCAACGCAGAAAGGUGGCGAUUACAGUGCCUGCCAGUGGCUGCAGUCCAAAGGGAAUUGGAAGCGAGCCAUGCAGGACCCUGUGAAUGCACUUCAAGAGAUUCUGGAUCAUUUUCAGAUCUAUCCGAAUUGCCGAUUCUGCCCAUCUGCUGGGGAUUUCUGUGGACAUUUGCCCGCAGAAAAACAUUUCAAGAACCUCACUAGCUGCAUAUGCCCGGGUCAGAGCAUCGUGACCGUGGCCAAGCAGAAAGAGAACAUUGUGGAAUGGAAGGUGCCAGGUGGAGCCAUCCGCUGGUACCACAUCACUGGAAUGAUCUUAGUUCUGCGGGGCGAGCCGUCCAUGGCUAGCGAGGAAUGGCACGAGCUGCACCGGCCCCAGCUGGCCCUUCCUGGGGCCCAGGCGCCACAGGCGCCACAGGCGCCACAGGCGCCACAGGCGCCACAGGCGAUGCCGCAGCCGGUACAGGGAGUGCCAGCACAACCACCAACUAUGAAUGGUGGCCAUCAGGGACAACGUCAGCUGACAGAAGGGGAAUUCUUUUGGCGGAAUCGGUGUGAGAACGCCCCCGAAACCGUCGCGGAGAUGCUGACGAAGUUCCAGGUGCCUGCCGAGGAGAGCUCCCUGAAGCAGUGGGAAUGGGAGGUGGUUUUGAAACGACGUACCAUCAAAUGGUGA